UGUUUGGUUGAGCCGCCAAACCCUGAAAAGGCUGAAAUUCCCAUUCGGCGGGUCCAUGACUUCGAAUCUCACAGGCCAUACGUUUACUAUAGUUACGUGUCAGGCAAUUCUAUGUCCUGGCAGGACCAUGUCCUCAAGUAUUUCCGGGAGAUGCUGCCCAAACUUGGACCUCCCAAGUGCAAAAAAGUCUAUGAGAUACACGGCAUGCUGGAUGAGAUCAAUACAAUCGCUAUACCGGACACCGGAGCCUCCGUCAAUACCAUCAACACCGCCUUCGCGCAAACUCGGGGUUAUCGUCUCAAAUCAGGACCAGAAAAUCGCACCAAAAUUAAAACCCCCAAUGGCCAUGAGACCUUUUCAGACGGCAUCGUGGAGCUCUAUUGGACUUUUGCUGAUAGCCCUGACACAAAACACAAUCUCGUCUUCCAUGCGGUCACUGAGUCCCCCAAUGACAUCCUGCUCGGCAUGCCAUUCUUGGAGGCAACUGGGGCACUGACAACACACGCUCGCCGCAUUACCAUUCGAAAACGCGUUGCGGAGUCCAAUAAAAGGAAUGUCCGGUUCCAAAGCAUCAACGACUCUGCGCUACCUCGAGCUCGUGGUCAGCUGGACAAGAGAGAUGUACUGGCAUUGGCUGACACUGGCAGCAAGGUCAACAUCAUGAGUCUCGACUAUGCUAAGCAGCAUGGCUACACCAUCGAUUGCAGUCCCGACGCCAUAGGGGCUUUACAAUUUGCAAAUGGAGCAGAAGAACAGACCAUAGGGCGUGUAAUGGCGCGAUGGAGGUUUGCGAAUGGCACGGAUGAGCACUUGCUUGCAUUUGAUGUGCUUAAGCAUAGUCACUACGACCUUGUAGUGGGCCAAGACGUGCUCUUCGAAACUGGGGCAUUCAAUAACCACGCGGAGAGCAUUGUGUAUCACGUCGCUUCACUAGAGCAGAACUCCGGCAGGCCCUACUGCCCCAUCAAUUCUGUGCGCCGCAGCCCGAAGUUCUUCAGAGGUUGGAACAAAUCGAAAGGGAAGGGCUCCGAGGAUGGUUUGGCAGCGCAACCAGCCACUCUUGGACGCAAUGCGGAGCUAGAGCGGCGAGCAAAAGCGCAGAUUCUGAUUGAUUCGAUGCCGGACGUUCCAGCGAAAGAUGCUGCUAUAGAGGUGGAAAAGCAGAGGUGUAGCGCAUGGCACUCUCAACAACCUCAGCGCCAACAACAGGCCUCUACUACAAGGUCUUCUUCACAGAAUGCUUCUACCAGUGCCGACGCCGGCAGCUCUCAGAGGAGCGCUUCUUAUUCGAGUGGUUCAUCCAGGACAUAGACAAUAGAGACUGCAUCUCUAGAGCCAAUCUUCAUUGCCUCCGCAUCAAGAUGUGCUGUUGAUAGUGCCUUGGGUCUGAUCUGGUUGG